AUGGCCAUCAAUUCCGCCCCCCAGACCUCGCUCCUCUCCCUCCUCUACCGCUCCUACCCGGGCGCCGUCUCCCCCGACGCUACCGAGCCCGACCUCCGUCACGCCUCCCACAAGAUCUUCUCCCAGAUCGACUACUCCGAGGAGGAGAAGGCCAGCACUAAGCUGUGGCUCGAGUCCGUCGAUGGCCUCCAGUCCGCGCUCGUCAAGGGUGACGCCGCCGCCGUCUCCGGCAUUCUGGGCCACCUGAACACCCACCUCGCCUCGCGCACCACCCUCCUGGGCACCAAGCCGUCCGUCGCCGACAUCGCCCUGUAUGCGCUGCUGGCCCCCGUCGUCGAGAAGUGGUCCCCCGAGGAGCGCACCGGUGAGCACGGCCAUCACCACAUCGUCCGCCACAUCGACCUCGUCCAGAACAGCCGCCUGUUCGGCCUGCGCAUCCCCGACGAGGAGAAGAUCGCCAUCGACCUGAACGACGUGCGCUUCGUCCCCAAGCCCGUCGACCCCAAGGAGGAGAAGGAGCGCAAGAAGAAGGAGAAGGCCGCUGCUGCCGCCGCCGCGGGCGUCCAGACCCCCGACUCCGGCAAGCCGCUGGUCGUCGGCAAGGGUCGCCCCGAGUCGAAGGAGGCCGCCCCCGAGGGCAAGGCCAAGGAGGGCAAGGCCAACAAGAAGGAGAAGAAGGAGAAGAAGGAAAAGGCCCCCAAGCCCCCGCCGGCCCCCGCCGCCCCGCCCUCCCCGUCGGUCAUCGACCUGCGUGUGGGCCACAUCCUGCGCGCCAUCAACCACCCCAACGCCGACUCGCUGUACGUGUCGACCAUCGACUGCGGCGAUGCCCCUGGCACGGAGAACACGUCGCUGGAUGAGGCCACGGGCAAGACGGUGCGCACCGUCUGCUCCGGGUUGAACGGCCUGAUUCCGCUGCCGGAGAUGCAGGACCGCAAGAUCGUGGCCGUCUGCAACCUCAAGCCCGUCACCAUGCGCGGCAUCAAGUCGUGCGCCAUGGUGCUGGCCGCGUCGCCGCGUGUCGCCGAGGGCGAGGACUCCCACGCGGGCCCCGUCGAGCUCGUCAGCCCGCCGGCCGAUGCCCCCGCCGGUGCCCGCGUCUACUUCGACGGCUGGUCGGAGGGUGAGCCCGAGAAGGUGCUCAACCCCAAGAAGAAGGUCUGGGAGACCUUCCAGCCCGGAUUCACCACGACGGACUCCCUCGAGGUGGCCUUUGACAGCAGUGCUGUCCCUGCCGUGCAGGGCCAGGAGGGCAAGCCGGCGCUGGGCAAGCUGAUGACGCAGGGUGGGUUGUGCACUGUGAAGAGCCUGAAGAACGGCACGGUGCGGUAA